UGAAACAGGGAGACUUAUAAGUUCCUUGGGCGAAGCCCAGAGGUAGACCAAAAAUGACUUGGCAAGACUGGUCUCUUAACAAAAUUAGUUUUGCCUCUCUUUUUUUGGCAUGGGGUGCAGAUGUCCUGUCAAGUAGUAUGUUUAAUUAAAGUUUAGUAACUUGCUUUUAAAAUGUUACGUCACCACUUGACCAUUAUAUAGUGUUCUUUGCAUACAGCAAAAAUAAAAUAAAGUGAUAUGUAACAAAAAGAAAUGGGUAACAGUCUAUGCAAAUGUCGGGAAACCCAACCUACAUAUGCAAGAUACCAUUCCAAUUCGAAAGAUAACGAGCCAGAUUUAGAAAAUGUUAUUGGUUCAUUAUUGGAAAUGGAUCCAGGAUUACAGGACCGCGAGGAAGGAGUUGCCAAAGUUAAUUCUUGGAUUGAAGAGAUAUCACCAGAAAUAAGUAUGUCUCCUGAACAUUUAGAAAUAAGUCGUUGGAAAUGUAUAAAAUACUGGGAAGCACAGCAUGCUUCAGAUAUAUAUGGCAAUGACCAUGGAACAGGCUUAAAAUUGACUGGUUCGUGUGUAAGAUUUUAUUUUGAGAAAAAACAUGAUGGUACAGUUCCAAGACUUGUUAUUGAACAUUGCGGACGAUCUGUGCGUGUUCAAAACAACCAUGCAAAGUGUCUUCCUAUGUGGAUGAAAAAUAUAAAAUUGUUGUCCUGGCGUCCUUUUCACAAAAAAAUACCACGUCAUGAUUCUUGUGGCAGUUACGGAGAUAAUGUUCUAGAUGGAAUGAAUGACAGGUAUGGCUGAAAAAAGUUUAGCACUGUUUCUGCAACCAAUAGCGAUUCUACAGCCUACGCAAAAUGAUCUUGCUAUAAAUUUGCUUUGGCUUAGUGUAAGUUUUAUCCCUGGUAUUUGAUACAUCAAUUUAAGUCAUACUAGGACUUGGAUUGAAAAACUGUUGUGUAUUGGUUAUUUGCAAAUCAUUUCCACAUGUUUGGAUUUCAGAUUUUGUUUUCCAUAAACAUUUCAUUGUCACGAAAAAGUGUGAUUUUUUUAGUGCUUGAAUGCUUUUUUUUAUUUCAGUUUUAUCCAAGCUAUACUAAUUUUAUAUCUUUGAGUUCUUAUUAAUUUAUACUUUUUAUGUAAGAUAAAAAUUAAUGAAAAACGUCAUUGGUAAACAUCAAUACACAUGGGGAUGACUUUUAAAUUAAAAAUAAGUACGUUAAACUUCGACUCGACUUUAAGAAGGAAGGGUCAAUGUUAGAAUUGACGUUUCCUUUACAAAUAUUUAGUCUCGAAAUAGACCCACAAAGUGAAAUUCAGAAGUGACAACAUAUAAUUUAAAUCAGGUUGAAAAUGGAAAAAAAAAAUUCGACUGAAAAUUUUUCAUCUUAAAAAAUUUCUUUCUUGCCUUUUUAAACAUUUGAAUUAUUUGUUCUUUUAAAACUUCUUUACACAGAUUCAUUGAAUAAAUUUCGCUGUAGUUAUUUUUGAGUAAGCAAGGCAGUUUAGAAUGCACAAUCUUUAAAGGCAAAUUUCCACUUAAAUAGAAUUAGUCGAUAUGUUGAUUGAUGGCUUUCUCCGAUCAAUUCGACUGUUUUUCGUGGAAGUGGAAAGUGAAAACUAGCUCAAGUUGUUCGCAUUUUAGAUAGUUCCAUAAUUUUUGCUAGCUAGGGAUAAUUAAAGAAAUUAGAAAUUAUAUUGUGAUUCUUGUAAAUAGGAAACAAUUUCUUCGCUGGAGAAAUAAAUAUAUUAAAUUAUUA